AAUGCAUUCAGACACUUUUGAGCCCCACGAAAAACAACUUUUUAAAACGUCCCAACAGCUUUAAAGAACCCCUUUCAACUGAGAAGAAAACAUUCUCUAUAUGUAGCGGAACUUAUUACUGCAUUGGCAUUUUAACAUUUUUAGUUCAUUUUUGAAUUGUUAUGAGGCGAUAAUGAAUAAUUCGGAGGACAGCGGAAGCAAGUGCUCGCCUGCCCCCAUUUCAAGCUUUACUAUCCAGUCAAUUCUGGGCACUUCAAACGAGGGAGUCCGGUCAGCUGGAAAAGACAGUCCAAAAUCCCAGCCGAGGAAACGAACGUUGUCCGUGUCAUCAGAGGACGACUGUAGCGCCGGAGAGGACUCGGGUGACUGCUACUGCUCAGAGCCCAGUGUACCGGAGUCCUGCAACCCGCACCAGCCUCUUAACUUCUGUCUUGGUGCCACUAAGGGACUUCUACCUGUGCAGGAUGGGUUAGACCGUCGGCCACAUUUGACACCAUCCAUAAUACCGGAUUACAAAGAGGAGCAGGAGCGAGCGUGUAGCCAAAUGUCUCCCGUGUCUGAAGAAAGACAACGAGACGGGCCGGACAAACAGAGCAAUUCCGCAAAGAAGAAGACGCGCACUGUUUUCUCUCGGAGUCAGGUUUAUCAACUCGAGUCCACAUUCGAUAUGAAACGCUAUUUGAGCAGCUCUGAAAGAGCCUGCCUCGCCUCCAGCCUGCAGUUAACGGAGACCCAGGUGAAAACGUGGUUUCAGAACCGACGAAACAAAUGGAAACGGCAGCUCUCUGCUGAACUGGAAGCUGCGAACAUGGCGCACGCUUCGGCGCAGACUUUGGUUGGGAUGCCACUCGUUUUUAGAGAAAAUUCGUUGCUCCGGGUGCCAGUUCCGAGGUCCAUUGCUUUCCCAACCCCUCUGUAUUAUCCGGGAAGUAAUUUACCGGCUUUACCACUAUACAAUCUUUACAACAAGAUUGAAUAUUAACUUUUAUGCACAACGAAAAUUCCUAAAAAAGGAUGACACACUAUUACACGCAUACAAAACACACAUUUAAGUAUUUAAAUUCAUGUCUAUUUAUAGCCCUUUCUUUGGUAAAAAAUAUAUUUCUUAUUAUGCAGCAAUUAAACGAGUAUAUGUGUAAAACACGAAAGCAAAACGCUUCUGUACAUGUCCUAUAAAAUACACCAUGUGUAUUAUAAUUAUUUUGUACUUUUAUUUACAUUUAUGUCCCUCGAUUUACCAAUUUUACACAUUACGAGGAAUGAAAAGAUUUAAAUAAAUGUGUAAUCAUUCCAUCCCUGUCUCUGCAGUUGGAACAAAUCUCAUCAAUAUUAACAAAAACAACAAUAAUAAUACAUAUUGUAAUUAUUUUAAAAGUGGUAUUUAAGCAAUUAAAAAAAAUAUGUAUGUAAUUCUAUAAUCAAAAAUAGCAAUAACUGAUUUUUUUUAAAUAGCCUACUUGAUGCAAAGUUUUGAUGCCUGUUUCUUUUAGCAUUUAUUUUUUAUUAUUUAUACCGGUGUUUUCUCAUAUACAUAUGCCUAUAUUGUGCUCGUCAGACACGUCACUGUCUGAAGACAAGCGGAA